CUAUUGUACCUUUAAUAAUACAAUUAAUGUAACGAAUAGCUAUGAAUAAAUAAUUAACAUAAUAAAUAAUAAUUAACAAGUACAUUUUUAUUUAUAAUUAACUAUAGAAAUUAUGAAUAUGGCAGAUAGUAAUAAUAAUAUUAUAUUAUUCGAUAUGGCUAAAAAUGAAAUGUUUGAUAUCAAUGAUAAUUUGAAAAUUUUAAGACGAAAACUGCAAGGAUCAUAUACGAUUGCCAUAAAUAAACACGAGAUCACUGUGGAUGUCUUAAAUGGUGUACAGUUAGUUGUAUUUGGAGGUCCACGUGCCAUGUUUUCAGAAGCAGAAUUUAAUUGCCUUCAUAAAUAUAUUGAUCUUGGAGGAUCUGUAUUAGUUAUGUUUUCUGAAGGUGGUGAAAAAGAAUUACAUACCAAUAUAAAUUAUUUAUUAGAAGAAUUCGGUAUUAUGGUUAAUAGUGACUAUGUAUUACGCACACAUUAUUAUUUAUAUUUCCAUCCUAAAGAAUGUCUGGUUAAGGAUGGUGUUGUUAAUGAAGCAGUAGCUAAAUAUUUGGACCGAGAAAAUGAAAACACAUCGAAAUGUAUAAGUUUUGUGUUUCCCUAUGGUGCUAGCUUAAAUGUUGCAAAGCCAGCUGCUCCUAUACUGACUAGUGGUUCUGUUGCUUAUCCUCUUAAUAGACCACUCUGUGCUUUUUAUUCUGCUUCAAAGUAUUCCAACAAAGCCAAAAAAGGGAAAUUAGCAGUCAUUGGUUCUGGUCAUUUGUUAACAGACAAAUAUAUUAAUUGGGAAGAAAAUGAUAAAAUCCGUGAGAUUUUGUUUGAUUUCUUGAUCACGAAUAAUAUAACCUUAAAUGAAAUUGAUGCUAAUGAUCCUGAGACUUCAGAUUAUAAAAUGGUACCAGAUAUUGGAAUGUUAUCAUCUCGUGUUCGCACUUGUCUACAGCUUCAAGAAAGUUUGAACAAUACAAGUCAUUUUUUAUUUUCGGCUGACAACAUAAAUUCUCUUAUAGACACUAAAUUAUGUUCCUUAAAUACCUCAAUAUUACCAGAUACAGUUGAAGCGUAUAAAACAUUAAGUGUACCCCACAAUCAGUUACAACUCAUUCCUCCUACGUUCAAUGACACUUUACCUGUCUUACAAUUUGCUGUAUAUCCACCUCCUUUUCAAGAAUUAUCAUCUCCAUUUUUAGAAUUAUUCGACCUUGAUAGUAUAUUUGGUUCUGAAAAAUCGUCAUUGGCAAAUUUGGCUAAGAGUUGCUUAGAAGCUCAAUCUAGUGAGAAAACAAUUGAAGAUAACAUUAAUCAAUUUAUUAUUGAUGUCAAUGACAAUUUAGAAAUAAUUGAUCAUAGUAAUGACUGUAAAGAAAUAAUACAAACAGUAUUUUCAUUAAUAAAUAAUUUUAAAAAAUAAUA